AUGAAGGUUUGUCUCGCAGCUGCUCUUGCUGCCGCCUUCACCGCGACAGCGAUGUCGCAAGACUCCCCGGCGGAGCUCCUUCGUGAGCUGCAGGCCCAAAAGGCGUUGUUGGAGGAGCAGCGCAAGGAGCUGAAGCAGAUGACCGAAACCCAGGAGAGCAUGGCUGGCGCCAUGGAUUCGGCUUGGCUGGUCCUCUGUGGGGCUCUAGUCAUGUUUAUGCAUGCAGGAUUUGCAAUGUUGGAGACAGGCUGCUGCCGCGCAAAGAAUGCCUCAAACGUCCUGAUGAAAAAUUUGGUCAAUGUGUCAGUCGGCACAUUGGGUUGGUGGAUGUUUGGCUGGGCCCUUGCCUAUGGCUCCCAAGCCGGGUCUUUCAUUGGCACAGAUGGCUUCUUCGGCCUGGGUUUCUACACCAAAGAUGCAUCGGGCAACAUCGUUCCGGUGGAGUGUGAAGACGGGAACUGCCAGUCCACGAUGCUGAGUUGGUUCUUCCAGUGGGCCUUCUGCACGGCUGGCGCCACCAUCGUGAGCGGAUGCGUAGCGGAGCGUGUCAAGAGUCCCACCUACGCUUUCUUCGCCUUCUGCAUGACUUCCUUUAUUUACCCGGUUGUGGUAGCAUGGACCUGGGGCGGCGGCUGGCUCGCCAGCAUCUUCGAUGUGGGAUAUAUGGAUUUCGCCGGCUCAGGUGUUGUCCAUUUCACAGGAGGCGUUUGCGGCCUCGCUGGCACGGUCAUCCUCGGCCCUCGGAGGGGACGCUUCGAGAAUCCCGAGGAGUUCGAGUACCACAAUGUCCCGCUGGUCGUGCUCGGAACCUUCGCGCUUUGGUUCGGUUGGUAUGGCUUCAACCCAGGCUCCACCCUCUCGAUGCAUGAUAAGGAGAUGGGUGCCCUUGCAGCACAGGUGGCAAUGAACACCACUCUCUCCGCCGCCACCUGCGGGAUCACCGUGUUCUUGCUGAAGUUCGUGCUCGUGCGCAAGUACGAUGUCGGCGCGCUCUGUAACGGCAUUCUUUCCGGCUUGGUGUCUAUCACCGCGGGCUGUGGAAACAUGGAGUGCGGCAGCGCUGUUCUCACCGGCUUCAUUGGUGCCUUUUUCUACCAGGCGGCAUCAAGUCUCCUUGUGAGAUUGAAGAUUGACGACCCAGUGGAUGCCAGCGCAGUGCACGGAGCCUGUGGCAUUUGGGGGCUUCUCGCCGCUGGUCUCUUCGAUUGGGGGAAGGGCUUUGACCACUAUCACGGCUGGAGCGGUUUCGGCUGCAUGGCCGGCGAUGAUGGUGCAUGCCGCAGCGGCUUGGGAGGCGCCGCCAUUGGAGCGCAGAUUGUAAUGAUCCUCGCUAUCAUCGCAUGGGCAGGUACGCUAUCCACGCUGUCCUUCCUGGUCCUGAAGUUUUCGGGUCUUCUUCGUAUUGGUGAGAACAUUGAGAAGGUCGGCUACGACAUGCAUUCGCACUCUCCGCCGAAGGCCUACGCCUUCAGUGGCAACGACACGGCCUUCGAGUUUUACAAGCAGAAGAAGGGCGAGCCGAUAAGCCUACACCCCUUUCCAGAAGGGAGAUACCUCCUGUCGGACUCCAAAAGCUUCGACACGCUCUUCUUUCCAGAGAAGAAGCAGCUGCUGAAGCUUGUGGACGACUCUCCGUGGACUUCCGUCACUGCAGAGGCCGGUGACGGGAAUUGGCUUUGGGGUGCUGGCGCUGAGUUUCCCAACAAGCUCGGAAUUUUACUGGAUGGCCCACCUGGCACUGGAAAGACUAGCCUCAUCAAGGCCCUGGCAAUUUACCUUCAGAGGCACAUCGUCUCGGUCUCCUUGGAGAAGGUCAAGACUAACCAGGAGCUGAUGGACAUGAUGUUCGACCUUUCCUACUCCGUGAAGGGCGAGGAUGAGCCGUUUAAGAUGAAGUUUGAGGAGGCGGCAAGGCCACUUGUCAGGAAGAAGCCCGAGUCCGCCAGAGAAAUGAUCGGCCAAGCCUACAUGCCGUUGGUUUCAGCUUCCAAGUGGCUCUUGAUAAGCGUCUACAUGGACCAGCGCUUUGUCAAGCAUGUGAUUAUUCCCACGAUGCGCUUGAAGACGGAAACGAUUAAAUGCCUUCCGGCGCCUGAUAUUGCAAAUGAGCUUGCCCAGAAGUAUCACGGUAUGACACUGGACACUUGGCAUGAGGUGCGGUUGGCGCUCAAGAAUCUCUUCCAUCUGGGCAACCUCUGGCCUGUAGGCCGGAUGACACCACAAGUCAAGGAACUCACAUUUUGCGCGCUCCGCGAUGGCCUUACCAUCGCCAGUGACAUCAAGCCUGGCAACGCUCCGUUCUCCAUUCCGAAGCUCAUGCGGCAAGUGUCCAAAGUUGCUGAGCAUGCGCAGGACCAUGUCGGAUCCGGCGAUGGAGGGGACGACGCCACCCUGCACACGGAGAGUGCGAACACAGCGGAGGAUGAAGAGGAGGAGGAAGACGAGGAGGAAGAGGAGCUGGAGGUCGGCGAGGAAGAGCCGGAGCAGGAGCAGGAGGUUGCUGCAGAGAAGGCCUCCUCCGGGGAGAAGAAGAAGAAAUCUUACCUGUUGGACCCGCAGCUGGACAAAUUGAACCUCUCGGGGCUUCUGAACGUUCUCGAUGGCGUCGUUGAUACCCCCGGGAGAGUCGUCGUGAUGACCACAAACCAUCCGGAGAAGUUGGACCCAGCUCUGAUACGGUUUUGGUGUAUUUUUCUGGUAAGCACAGCUGCAGCGAGCGCCUGUGAGAAGGGCGAGAACGAGAGCGCGGACUCUGCUCAGGGGAGUACUUGGUGGUCAAGUUGUGUGGAACAGGUGCCGCUUGCCAGCCACACUGCGGAAGCGAUGUCCACUCCGUGGAGGUGCGGGCAGUGCAAGGUCAUGGUGAAAGCCGCGGCAGUUUACUGUGGCAAGUGUGGCGGCCAUUGGCAACGCUGCAUGGAACCCAACUACUGGACACCGCCGAAGGGCGUACCGUGGCGGCAACAGGCUGGUUGGGAGGCUACUACGCGGCCGCGCAGUGCCUCUCCUCGGAGGAGGAAGAACAAAGGGGGGCGAGGUCAGGGUCGCGAACCUACGACCGCCCCGGAAGCUCCCGGGGAGAACGAGCAGCGAUUCCCGAGACUUGGGGACUUGCCCCAGCCGCCAGUUCCCAAGCUUCCGGCCAAGCCUCUUCCCCCUCCUGCUCCGGCGCAGGCAGCAGAAACGGGCGAGGACAAGAAGAUGAUCGCCGAGCUCCUUGCUCUCAUUCCCCACGACCAGCUACCUCCAGAGCUUCAGAAGAAAGUGGGUCAAGUGACCCAGGACGAGGCUCAGUUGCAGGGACGACGGAUGCAUCAGCUCGUCACGGACAAGACCAAAUGCCGCAAGGAGCUGGAGAAACUCAAAUCCGAUCGCGCGGCUUUCUCCUCUGCGUGGGCACAGUAUAUUGCACAACUGCUUCAGACCCUCGAGCAGCAAAGCGAGGCCAGGCUGCAUGCCAUGGAAGCCUUUGCCACGAGGGAAGCAGAGCUGACUGUCCGGCUAGCCUCGGUCACCCAGCAGCUCGCCGCAGCCGCGGCGGACGUCACAACCGAUGGUGCCAGCAAGGAGCCAGUCGAGGACGAGGAAGCCGACAUGGAGGAAGCGGAGCACAUGGUAGCUACAGCGGCAGCUAUCGAGUCGGAGGUGCGCGAGAAAAAUCGCGCAGCCCAGGCCAACUUCCAGGAGCAGCGCGCCAAGAUUUUGGGGCUCCUGGAAAGUGCACAGCAGGAAGCCGCCGAUUCGGCCGCCCACUCCACGAGAGACGGCAGCAGAACACCACGGCGCAAAAAGGACGACAAGGACCAGAAGGACCUUGCAGGCGGCGGAGGGAAGGGCCAUUCCGAGGCCGUUCCCUUCAUCACCAGCGUGGUGAUGGAGGUUGAUUACGUUUCAGCAGAGCUCGCCGAUUUUCUUGCGUGCAAUCUUGAGUUGGAGGUGCAAUUGAUGGGCUGUGGCUUGGACCACCUGCUCCCCUUUCUUGAGGACCCUCGACUCCAAGAUCUCGGCGACCAGGACAGCCAAGCACACUGCUUGGCGGGCCCAGCAGAAGACUUCAUGGUCCGCUCAGGUAUUGAAAGCGUGGAUCCUCUUUUCCAGAUUCUUACGGUGACCAUGGACAGGCCCGUAAUUGAGUCAGAAGCAAGAGGGUCCCGCUCUUCUCAGGCUGAGCGUGACAUGGAGUCACAGCUGCCGAUUCUCUUCCUGAGACCGGCCUUAGGUGUGUCACGCCCGGAGAAACUCCGGAGCAUUGUACAUUGCCAACCUCAUCCUGUCCCUUUCCGGGUCUCAUUUGUACAGUGCUUGCAGACGCAGAUACGGCUAAUCCUUGCCAGGCAGAUCGCCUCUGCCACCAGUGUUGCUGGACGGGCCCUAGAGCUCUCCUCACGCAAGGUCUUUCUAUGCAGGAAGGGCGGUUCCAUGUCGGACCCUACUGCAUUUUGUCAGCCCUCGCACUCCCAAGCCGCAGGUGUGCAGCACACGGCCCCGUUCAUGGGUGCCGUUUUUCCUUGUCUGUCAAAGGGCGGUUCCGUGUCGGACCCUGGGCAGAUCCUCGCGGCAGCCGCCGACCAUGUGGUGAAGCAUGUGCACCCUGCUGGUAGCACUGCUGCUGAGGGCUCCUGUGCUGAGCCUCAGCAUGGCGGAGCCGGCAAGGGUUCAUCGGGCUCGGGCAUCUCGACCAUACGGGGGUUCAUGACUGCUAGGGUCGAUAUUUUCCCCGGGGAAUAUGACCGCCCUGAAGUACGAUGCCAGACACUUGCUGCCCUCUCUUGGUUUGCUGGUCAUAGAACGGCAGGUGCAUCUGCUGAUGAAGCACAACAGGAUCGCUUCGUGCUUUUCGAUACUAACAUGCAUGCCGCAUGCCAAGGGGAUGCACUCUGGAUUUGCUGGUCCAGGAAGUUCAUUCCUUGGUCCCGGGUCUGA